GACUGCACCAGCAAGUUUGACUACACCUCACUGGUCUGAGUGUUGGAAGCUGGAAGUCACAGAUCUCUGCUUAGAAUGGACAACUGGACUAAAUCAGCUAAAAUCGCUUACAAGCGGUGGAAAAAUCCUGAACUGCGGGAUGAGACAGAUUUUGUGGGUCAGACGGAUGAAGUUCAGACCACAGACAACGAGAUCUGCACGAUAGCUUCAGCAGCACCAGGAGGAGCAGAGUCUGCAUCCAGCUGUGGAUCUGAUAAGACUGAAGAAACCUUCACAGUAGAUGAUGUACUGGAGGUCAUCGGCUUUGGAAAGUUUCAGUGGAAAAUCUCUCUCCUCACUGGACUGUCAUGGAUAGCAGAUGCCAUGGAGAUGAUGAUCCUCAGCAUCUUGGGCCCUCAGCUGCACUGUGAAUGGAGGCUGCCUGGCUAUCAAGUGGCGCUCAUUACAUCAGUGGUGUUUGUCGGGAUGGGGAUCAGUUCACCUCUGUGGGGGAAUGUAUCCGACAAGUACGGCAGAAGAGUCGGUCUUACGAUUUGUAUGUGCUGGACUCUGUACUACGGCCUGAUGAGUGCCUUCAGUCCAGUGUACGGCUGGCUCUUGGUCCUACGGGGCCUCGUAGGUUUUGGUAUCGGAGGAGCUCCUCAGUCGGUGACGCUGUACUCAGAAUUCCUUCCAGUAAAGUCGAGAGGCAUCUGCAUCAUGCUGAUUGCGGCGUUCUGGGCCAUCGGCACUGUUUUCGAGGUCCUCCUGGCUCUGUGGGUAAUGCCCACUCUGGGCUGGAGGUGGCUACUUGGCCUGUCAACUAUACCGAUGGCAAUCUUUGUUUCCUUCUGCUUUUGGCUACCUGAAAGUCCUCGGUUUGACGUGCUGACUGGAAGAAGUGAAAAGGCCAUGGAAACUUUAACACGCGUUGCUAAGGAGAACGGCAAGACCAUGCCUCAGGGGAGGAUGAUCGCUUAUCAACAGAGUGAUCGUGGACAAAUCAAAGACCUCUUUGCUGCUCAAUACUGGAGGACGACUCUUCCUUUAUGGUUUAUAUGGUUUGCAUACGCCUUCUCCUAUUACGGGAUUGUUCUGUUGACAACUGAGCUGUUCCAAGCUGGAGAUUCAUGUGUGGCAACCCAAGGAGCCAAGAUUGAACCGACCUGCAGUCUUGAGUGUAAAUAUUUAACAUCAGCUGACUACAAGGACCUUUUAUGGACGACCUUGGCUGAAUUCCCAGGUCUUCUAGUUAUCCUUCUGGCAGUCGAUCAUAUCGGCAGGAAGAGAAGCAUGGCCCUGUGUUUCUUCAUGUUUUCUUUAUGUAUUCUACCGUUAUUUGCCUGUAUUGAGAGGACUGCUCUUACAAUCCUGAUCUUUGUCGCCAGAGCCUUCAUCUCUGGAGGAUACCAAGUUGUAUUUGUUUACACACCAGAAGUGUUCCCUACAGGAAGCAGAGCCUUAGCAAUGGGGACUUCCAGUGCGAUGGCCAGGGUGGGUGCCCUGAUUACACCCUUCGUGGCACAGGUGAUGCUCAGGACUUCAGUGUAUCUGACCCUGUCGGUGUACUGUGGUGUUGCUGUGCUGGCUGGCGUUGCGUCCUUAAUCCUCCCCAUUGAGACGCUGGGCAGGAGUCUGCAGGAGUCUGCAGGAGUCCAGCCUUGACCAAGAAACUGGAGGACGAAUGACCACCACAACCAACCAAUCGAGUGUUACAACAGACUCCACAGAUAAGCGAUAGGUCAACCAGUAAGGAUGAGGAAAAGGGAAAGGAGGAAGGAAAGGAAAGGAAAGGAAAGAAUACUGUCACCUCCCGGCCUCCUGCAGACGGACUGAAUCAUCCAAGCGAUGAUGGGUGAAGAGUAGCGGGAGAUGAUCUCAUUAUAGGCAGGGAGGGUCGGCCUGAUGAGAGCGGAAGUGAACUCCUACUCUGGCUGGUUUGUUUGCCUUCUCCUUCACUGAGGCCAUGAGGAGCACCAGAGAGAGAUUAGGAAGACACUGUGCAGACUGACACAUUUAAACCAGAUCUGAAGAGACGAGGGAUUUUAUUAAAUGUUGCUUCAAAAAUAUUUAUAAAUGAAACCCUGUGCCUGAAACAGAAAAUUAUUUGCUGGUGAUUAUCAACUUUCUAAUUGUGUACAAUUAUCAUGGCUCUACAUUACUAACAUAUUGGUGGCAGCUUUCCCAAAUGUGAGGAUUAGAUUUGUUUUUAAACUUUCAGUAGACUGAAUAUCAGAAUUUUGGCAUGUUAAUUUAGUAAAAAGGAUGAUGUAAAGCAAUCGCAUUGGGACAUUGUAAUGGACAUUUUCAGCCUUAUUUGACAGGUAAGUUGAGAAUCAGACAGGAAAGUAGGGAAGACCUGCAGCAACGGGCCUGAGCUGGAAUUGAACCCAGGCCGCUGCAUCGGGGACUACAGCCCCUGUUUAUUGUUCACCCGCUCAACCAGUGGAUGCUUUUCACCACUGUAUGCAAUCCAGUAGAUAAAACUGUCUAUAUUUAUUUUUAACAAAUAAUUAAGGUAUAAAAAGUAUUAUAUAGUAUUAUAAAAUAACCAUAGUUGCAACUCUACACACAGAAUAAUGAAUGUGCUAACCGGAACCAAAAAUGUUUCUUUACAGUGAUGUCAUAGACAAAAAUAUCUCAGAAAGCUUUUGAUACAUGAAGCCAAAAUUCCACAAAUAUCUUCAUUAAUAUUCAUAGUUUAUGAUAGCAGAAGGAUCCUGAUGACUUGAGAUGGAAUAGCCCAACUACAUUUGGAGUUGAGUUGAUCUACUUCAGGUAUGAAUUUAAAUAAAAGACUAAAAAUUGAAACCUUCUUAUCCAGAAGCAAUAAAUCCAUCUGCAGAGAC